AUGACGAAAUUUGCGUCGCACCUGUUGCUCGCUGCAGUAUUGAUAACUGCUGGUAACUCACAGAUUCCUUUACCUAAACGUCCGCUGGGUUUUGUCUAUAAAGGAGGCGAGCCGACUGCACCAAUUCACUUGGAAGCAUUUGUUGAUUUGACUUGCCCGGAUUGUCAACAAGCAUGGCCGACUCUCAAAAAAGUCGCAGAUAUGUACGGUCCUGAAACUGUCCAGUUUACCUUGCAGUUGUUCCCGUUGCCAUAUCACACAAAUGCAUUCCUAGCGGCACAAGUGAGUUGAAAAAAUAUAUAUCGGCUUGUCUAUACUCGCAUCAUCAGAGUUAUGUAACAUGUAACGUUACAACAGCCCUAGAUUAUGAACAGAGGUAAUACAUUUGGGUAAGAAAAAUUCUAAGGUUACUUUAAAGGAAAACCUUAACUCUAGGCACCCUCAUUCUUUGACGUUAUUUAGCAUGCGCAUGCAAUUUCUCGUUGCAGGAUUUUCAAUUUUUAUAAACCUCCGUGACAUGACGUAAAUAAACAAGCUUAUAUAUCGCAACUUGGAGACAACAAAGUGUAGAAGAUCUUGGAAUUAAAAAAGCUCUAGGUACUCACAACUCAGUCGUUGCUGUAAUAAACUCUAGCAGUUGUAUACAUUACUGGUACCAAUUUGUCCAUGUCCCCCACCCUCUCCUCACCUUUUGGCUCAUGUCACUCCUUCAAAAAACUUCAAUUUAUUAGUUUUUUAGAAUAAUUUCUGUACUAUUUUUACAGUAGCUCAUAAACGACCUCCCACUUCUUGUAUUAUCUGCAAAAUUUCUGGAAGAGGUCUACUUGCGUCUAAAUCUAAAAGCAGAAAUUAUACUGGCCAAAAUUUCCUUCAAAAGCAAAAACCAAGAUUGAUGAUCAAAACUGCUUUUGAAGUGUAAUGAGAAACCAACUAACCCUUAUUCAAACACAGAACUAGCUCUUAAGAGGGAAACUCAAAACUGCUUUGUAUGCCAAUAUGCCAAGGCUAAGCUGGAAAAUAUAAAAAAGAAUGGCCCACUCUUCUUUCACAAAUACUGAAAAGCAAACAUCAAUAAGGAAAAAAAAAACAGAAUACCAAAGGGGUAACAAACAUUUUCCAUUUUCCAUUUUCAUUUUCCAUUUUCCCUGUACAGUUUCAUAAACCAUUUAGUCAUGUCAGAGCUGAAAAACUGAUUUUGAAAAUUUUGAAAAUGGCUAAGACUGUUAAACCCAAAAAACCUAAAUCUUAGUAUGAUGCACCUAAACUUGUAGCAGUACUGCAUCAUAACAAAAUUUUGGUUCCAUAGGUAUCUUGUGGUCUAGUCAUCUUCUGAAAUUUACCUUUCCCCUUCUCAACUUAAAUGAUUGCCUGUGACUAUGCGACAGAAAUUUAAGCACAAAUAGUCAGUAGACUGAGGAUUAAGGAUUAAGCUAAGUCAUCUUGUUUUGGGAUCAGGCAAUUAAUUGAAUCACUAUCCUUCACACAUGAAGCAAUAGACUAUUACAAAAAAAGAAUUUGACAGAAUAUCUUCCAAACAACAGUCCAUUAAUCAGCAAUAACUAACAAACACUAAUGAAAUAUAGAAAUAAUCAAAACUGCCUAUGCUGUGGGUGAAAGGGAAACUACUUCCGAAGUUAGAAGUCAACUUGUUUGCUUUCUAACGCUUGAUUGCUAAUGGAACAAACUCAGAUAUCUAAGCAGUGAUUUACAGAAAUAAUUUUGCAAUAAAACUCUGUAUUAGCUUGCACAACCACUGGUCCUAUCCAAGUGUUAUGACUUGCAUGCACACAAAUUGCUAAAUCUUGGAAGACACCUCAUCGCUCUUAUAUCAAGAUUCAUAUUAAUGAGAUUGAUUUUCACUAACUGUAGGUUAACAAAUAAUUGUAUGUAUACAUAUCAACAAAGACAUUGUGCUAUUUUUAUUGCUACCAUGAAAUGAUAUGUAGUUCAAUUUCUCAGAGCUACUUAUAAAUCACAUAUAACUUUCCAAAUUUUUUAGAGUGUAUUUUAUAUUUAUUUCAUGAUUCAACUAUUGGAUGGUUGAUUUUUCUAACAAAUUUUACUGCAAAGUUUUGGUAACACUGUGUUAUCUAAAUAUACAGCAUCCCGCAUUGAAGUGUUAGAAACAACUUUGAUUAAUUUUCAGAGUGUUUAUGCUGUGGAAGCUUACAAUACUUCCCUUGUAAUAAGCUGGAUGGAUGUCAUAUUUGAGAACCAGAACCAACUCUAUGAUUUCCAGACUAUGGACAAAAACAGAUAUGAUGUCAUAAAGUAAGCCUUUUCUCAGUAACAGAUUUUUUUAAUAUUAGACUUCCUAUCACUUUGAAUGAAAGUGUAAUCCUAACUUGCUUCUUUAUCCUUAAAACCACAAUUCCAAAAUCCUCAGCUGCUGAGUUUAGAAAUGCAAGAUUUUUUUGUUGCACAUGCAAUUUUGUUCACUUUUUUCUUAAUUUUUGCAAACUCUCAACACCCAGGCCAAUGACGUAACGUAUCAUUUUCUCUUUUCUCUCAUACCUGUAGCAUCAUUGCUGAUUUAGGAAGUAAAAUUGACAUUGACAAGGCUGUUAUCAAGGAUGGACUUACAAACACAGAAUAUAAUGAACAUACAAGAAUCUCUUGGAAAUAUGGUUGUUCAAGUAAGUUUAGGACUUGUUAAGUGCUCAGCUAGUCAAAUUACAUUAAGAUCAGCAAUAAACCUAGUUUCAGAUCUAAGUAAUACAAAUCUGUAGCUUAUAUUAUGUCAGUACAAAAUAUUUCAAAUCAUACCAUCAACUGUAACAGACUAAUUUUACCUUAGUAGCUUGUGUAAAGUGUUAUGUCAUUAGUUUCAGUGAUAUUACAAUUCUUGUUUUUGCUUGGUACUCUCCAAGCAUCUGCUAUUUAAAUUGAUAACAGACCCAAGUUACUGAGUGACUUUAAAUCUGUUAUGAUAAAACAACUACAAUGAUCAAAGUAACAAAACACAAAACGGAUGAUCAAACAUCAACCAAAUAUCUGUCAACUCUGGCCAGGCCUAGCUUGUAGGCCUGGGGCCAAUUAAUUUAUUUCCCUAGAAAUAUGAACCACUCAUAGCACUGUAACUGACUACAGUCCUCAAGAAAACCCUUAAAAAUGUCCAAUUGUGGAAUGGGAAAUGUAAUGUAUACUUUAUUGACUGUUCCCACGAUGGAGCUUUUCACAUUGUAAAUAAGCCUAAAUUGUUACAAAUCCCAACUUAAGCCAGAGGUAGAUCAGUUGGCUAAAAUUACAAAGUGCAGCUAAGGAGUUAAACCUGGGGCAAAUGAGAACAAAUCCAGUGAGUCACAGCCUGGAGGUCUUUAACUCGUGACCAACAGAUUUCAAGCCUAGUGCUGUAACCUAUGACUGGGCCAGACUGCCUCCAUCAAUGAUGACACUACAUGAUAAUCUCUCACACUCCCAGGAGUAAAUUGAGUAAAAAUAAAGAGUUUGUGAGAUGGGAUAAGAGUUACAUAGUUACUCAGUAUUUGUUUGGAUAUGUAUUGUGGUUCAAAUUAUCCUUGGUUUGAGAUUUUUCAAAUAAGGUUUGAGUUUAUAUUUCUUUGUGUUAUAUUCACUAUUUUAAUCUGAAACUUUUGUGGGAUUUGGAAGUCACACUUUUUGAUAAAAUGUAAGCUAUAAACUGCAACAAUAACUGGCAUGACAGCAUUGAAUUAACUUUCUAUACCACCAGAGAGAUUGUUGGACAUUAUUUUCAUUGCUGUUUGUUUCAGGGACAGUUUCUGGAACUCCAUUUUUCUUCCUGAAUGGGGUUUUUGUUAGCCAGGCAUCUGCUGCUUGGACUGUGGAGGAAUGGAAACAGCUCAUUGAUCCUCUACUGAAGUUAGAUGUUCGGUAA